AUGAUAAAUCUUGUUGAAGGGGUAUUUGUUGCUUCUGAUGAAUCUAAUCUAGCCUAUUUUGAUCUGUUAAAGAGUGCAUACAAUGAAGGCAAUGCAGCAUUAAUUUAUAACUUAUUUUCUAGAGACACACAAAAGGCUACAUCAUUAGAAAUUUUCUCUUCACAAAUAGAGGCAAUCAGAAAUAGAUAAGGAAUUAUAUCUUAUUGGGUCUAUUCAACUGUGGAUAAAGAAAAACCAAGCGUUCUAUUAGGCUUUUAGAAACAUUUGGGAACUGGUACUUUAUUUUGGUCAUAUGAUCAAAAAGGUAAAAUUGCCUCUUUCAGUAUGAAUGAUCAUAUGUAACCAUCAAUGAUUUAAUGGAUAAAGCAUUAUCCAAAUAAAUUCUCUUUUUCUGUUAUUGCAGAUAACAAAGUAAUAGCAGACUAUUUCGGUUAUAGAGAAUAAACUUUGAUGAGUGUUUUCAAAAUAAUUGUUGCCAUAGAAUAUUGCAAAUAAUUAAACGAAGGUAAAAUAAAUGAAGAAGAUUGGAUUAAUUUAAAUGAAGUUAAUAAGUUUUACAUAAAAGAAUUAGAUCUGUCUCAUGCUAAUUUUUUGUAAAUUUGGGAACAAUAAGGUAAGUUAAAAGAAGGGUAAUUGUAAUUGAAGGAAAUCGCAAUAGGAAUGAUAGCAUUAAGUUCUAAUGCUUGUACUGAAUACUUACAAACUCUAUUGACUUUACAAUCUAUUGAAAAUACGGUCGAUUAAUUGGGGUUAAAAUAAAGUUAAAUCUUCUAUUUAAGCUCGUUUUUAUCGGUAUUCACAAAAGACGAACAAAGCAAAAAGGAAGAAUUCAUAUAAAAUAUUUAGAAGCUAUCUUAAAAUGAGGUAUAUUUAAAAAGCAUGGAAAUACAUGAUUAAUUGAAUCAAAAUAAUGAUUUAGCUAAAGAUUAUUUAAGUAGAGGUAAGUAGUUGUUAGAUGGGGAAGUUUUAAAAAUUCAAUCAAAAUAUUUCACAAAAUCAACAACUUCAGAAUACUCUAAAAUGCUUGAUAAAUUAAAUAAUGGUUUUUGGUUUAAUGAACAGUUUUAUUCACAUUUUUAUGCUUUGAUGGGAUAUGUUUCUAUGUAAAAUCCAGCUUUGGCUAAAGAAUAUGAUCAUAUUGGAGUUAAAGGCGGAUCAUCAGCCAUUUAAGGAGAUGACUUCUGUGUAUUAACAAUAGGGUUGUUUUAAUAGUUGAAGAAGGCUGUUCCAUUCAAAAGAACAGCUGUAGCUUUUUUCAUUGAAUCUUUGGAUUAUGAAACCGAAUUUAAACUAAUCUUAGAAUAAUACAAUGAAUUUAUCGCUCUGAUAAGUUUGAAUGGAUUAUAUUUGGAUGCGGUUUCAAAGGAGAUGGCUUAAGAUCAAAUUUUGUUGUGA